AUGGCUACUUCAGUUAAGCCAAGACAGUUACUUGUUAUCAUCGUAAUUGUUCUGACAUUCGUGAGUUCAGAAGCUCGAAAUGUUCCUCAGCUCACAACAAUGGAGAAGAAGAUUCAUAGUAAGUUUGGAUUACGUGAAGUAAUCAACAAUGUGAGAAAUGGAAAGUGGCAUGGAAAGAGGUCAAUGCUUGGUGGAAGGUUGGAAAGAAUUUCACCUGCAGGACCAGAUCCUGAUCAUCAUUAA